AUGCUCCUCUUAUUCGUUCUACUCUUGAGUGGAAUUUUAUAUAACACUGGAAUAGUGACUGAUGCCAGUCUCAACGUGUUAGAUAAUUCCAUGCGUGAUGUUUGCAUUCCCAUAAUAAGUGAACCAGAGGCUAGCAUACAAGCUGCAAUUCUGAUCAAGUUAAGGGGUGUAGUGCCAAGUCGUUUAAAGGUGCCAGUGUUGUUAUUUCGUUAUGAAGAUAUUUUAAAUUUCACCACACUUCCCUCUAGGGAGGAAUAUGAAAAGGGAUAUACAUCUAACUAUAGCUCUAGCAACUUGAAUUGGGAUAAUUAUUUCUUAAAAAAUUCGGUAGACUUUGAAGAAAAUAAGUUUAUAUUGGAUUUGUAUGAAGGGUACAAUGAAAUUGAUGAAAAACGAAUCUACAAUGGAUUUUUGGAUAGAUAUACUGAAGCAGUGCUACCGGUCUAUGAGUCUGGGAUGUAUUGCGUUUAUCUUGCACCACCUAUUGAACAAAAUUUUGACGUACGCUUUUAUCUGAAAGUACAAAAUUCAAAAUUUUAUUCGAGUGACAUGCGUUAUACCAAUUAUCGUCAGACAAUAUAUAUUAUUGUAGCUGGUUUAUUAUUAACUGUAUUUUUGAUUAACGAUAUCUUGAAAUUUAGCACAGAUAAACGGUUGAAAAUUAGGAAUGUGCCAAUUAUUUCAAAGGUAGUUCUAUUUUAUAUCUUAAUACCGGUCGUACUAUUUGUGUCCCUCGAGUGGCUAGUUGUGUUUAUCGAACUUCACUGCAAUUUAAGUAAUCGCAAAAUACGCUACUUUAAAUAUUUCCAUUUGGCAAUAGAAUGGAUACAAACAAAUUGGAAUAUUUUGCUCCAAUUCUAUAUUUUACUCUUUACUAUGGGGUACGGUGUAAUUUAUUAUCACAAAGGAGCUUCUCGAACAUUCAGUAAAAUGCCAAAGAGGAAUAAGAACCUAGCAUUGUCUCUUUUCAUCACCAAUAUAAUUUUGAGUAACACCCAAAAACAAUGUCUUGCAUGUGUUAGGUAUUUGAUGUCGUUUCCAACAUUGGCUUUAUAUAAAGAUAUGAUUAGAUUCAUAAGCAUGGUAUGGUUAUAUGGCCAGUUGGUAUUUCCAUUUAUAUGGUACUUUGUAUCAUUUAUCUAUUAUCUUAAGACAAGAAGUAUUAUUAAGAAACUACCACGAACUUUGACUAGAACGGAGGAAAUUGAUGCAAUUACUAGGAUAGUGAGAGCGUUUAAGCAAUCUAUUCUUGUCGUCUUUAUAUCUCCAACAAUCUCUCCAUUGGCAAGGCUCAUAGCAUAUGGUCCGCUGUCGAUUAAAUCUUCUCGUUCGGCGCAGAAUGAUUUUACUUUGCAGCUCAGUUUAAUUGACAAUGAUCUACUAAGAGAAUCACUCAUAUCGCUGGUGAAGUCUAUAAAUGAUAAGUUUAUGAGGACUAAACUUCAUGAGAUGUCUUUAGACAGAGCAUGGCCAGGAGCACUUGAAAUAUACUUGACUAUUGGUCUACUAUAUGUGAUUUGGAUUAGAAAUAACAAUGCGUUAGUUGUUGAAGAUGAAAAAGAGGAUCUCAAAGAAUAG